CCAGAACGUGUGUUUAGACUGUGAUUGGCUGCUGGUCAGUGACGUCAUCAGCGACAUCAUCGGUCUCGCGGACCCGAAAGUGAAAACGAGGUUGACGUUAGAAAGGGAAAAACACGCUGUGUGUGUGUGCGUGUGUGUGUGUGUGUGUGUGUGCGUGCGUGUGUGUGUGUGUCUCUCUCUCUGUGUAUGUUUGUGUGUAUGUGUAUGUCUCUCUGUGUAUGUGUGUGUGUGUUUGUGUGUAUGUCUCUCUCUCUGUGUAUGUUUGUGUGUAUGUGUAUGUCUCUCUGUGUAUGUGUGUGUGUGUUUGUGUGUAUGUGUCUCUCUCUGUGUAUGUUUGUGUGUAUGUGUAUGUCUCUCUGUGUGUGUGUGUUUGUGUGUAUGUGUAUGUUACAUUAUUAUUACAUGUCACUUAGCAGACGUUAUUAUCCAAAGCGAUUUACAAUAUAUGUGUGUGUGUGUGUGUGUGUGUGUUGCUGCUGUAACAAUGUAAAUUUCCUCACUACGGGACAAAUAAAGGACUAUUUUAUCUUAUCUUUAUUUAGUCAAAGUGAAUUUGUGUGUGUGUGUGUGUGUAAUUUUUAUUCAGUCAAAGUGAAUUUGUGUGUGUGUAAUUUUGUAUUUAGUCAAGGUGAAUUUGUGUGUGUGUGUAAAAAGUGAAUUUGGGUUUUUCGCUCUUUCCUUUUUCAGUUUUCUGUUUCCUGUUCACAUGUUCAUAAGUCUUGACCUCAGGUCAGUGUCUCACUCUCUCACACACACACACAAUCACUGUCAUCAUCAUCAUCAUCAUCAUGUUAAGCUCCUCCCUCCUCUUUCUCUUCACAGUCCUGACGCCGGCGCUCUGCUGUGAUUGGCUGAGACACUACGAUCACUACAGCAACACAUCUCUGACGCUCGUACGACGCAUGGUUGGUCAGGUGACUCAUCAUGAGGCUCCUGUUUCUUUUCCAUACAGAUUCUACUCAUGUAUACGACACACUGAGGUGAAGUCUCAGCUGGUUUUCAUCAGAGACAGUCUCUCCUUGAUCUCUGACCUGUAUCACCAUGACAACAUCUCCUCUGUUCCCUGGGAAACAAAGUUGACUCAUCGCUUCCUGAUCGACAUCGACAGUAUGAUCGACGGACUCAACACCUGUGUGUCGAUGCAGAAGCGAGCAGACACACGACUAAAAAAAUACUACAAGAGGCUCGUAAGACGUACUGUGUACUGCACUGGGCGCAGCAGUGAGUCGUGGCAGACGCUCAUCAGAGAAACUAAACUGCACCUGGAUCAGUUACAGUUGCUCGUCUCCUCCAUUCUUCAUCCUUCAGCUGCUGCCAACAGGAGGCGCUGUCCACCACACACACACUAACUGUGUCACCAGUGAAUUAUUUAUGAUCAUGUUAUUGAUCGAAUUAAUUGAUUAUUUAUUUAUUUAUUUAUUUGAUUAUUUAUUUAUUUAUUUGAUUAUUUAUUUAUUUAUUUGAUUAUUUAUUUAUCACAUUUUAUGCUAUUGAUAAUGUUAUCCUUGUCCUACUAUAUCAAUAACUAACAAUUAACCAAUUAACCCAGCAGCCAGGUUAUUAGGUUAACUUCUGGUUUUACUCUGGUUAUUAGGUUAACUUC